GAGAUCAGCCACUCGGUGAAGGAGCGCACCAUCUCGGAGAACAGCCUGGUGCUGCUGCUGCAGGGCCUGCACAGCCGCGUCACCACCGUGGAGCUCCGCGACGAGAGCGUGGCCGUGGGCCGCGUCAUCAACGUGGACGCCUUCAUGAACGUGCGCCUGGGCGAGGCCACCUUCACCGACCGCCACGGCCGCGCCUCCCGGCUGCAGGACCUCUUCGUGACCGGCAGGAACGUCCGCUACGUCCACAUCCCCGACGAGGUGGACAUCCGGGCCACGAUCGAGCGGCAGCUGCAGCUCAUCCACCGCGUCCGCACCUUCGGCGGCCGAGGCAAGGGCAGGACCGAGUUCCUCCGGCCGAAGCCAAAGGGCGAGUGACGCGCGGCGGCCUGCGCUGGAAACCUGCCCGCCGAGCCGAGCCGCUCCCGGACCGGUUCAAAGGGGGGCCGGACGCCGCGGUCUGCCGGUGAGAACGGGGUCCCGAGAGCCCGCGCCCCGAACUGCCUUUCCCCUCAAGAGUAAACUAGCGAGCCCCAAGAUCCGGACGUCCUGUCGAAGCGCCGCUCUGCGUGCUGGACACCGUCGGAUUGCCUCCCUUCAGCCGGAACGUGCAGAAAACUGAUUUUGGGUUGGAUUUUCUGGAGAUUUUUGUGCUAGUCUGUUUUGUUUACAAAAUAAGUAAAACUUGGUAAUCAGUGUCCUAUUUUGGGGAUAACUAGACACACAAAAGUGAAAUAAAGGGGAUUCCAGGGCAGGGUGUUCCUCACAUUACUUCUAUGCCGCCUUAUGGUCCUCGGCCUGUUAAAAAAACUGAUUAAGAAUAAUAUGAGACUCUGACAACAAAACCAUGCCCUGCUCCUGCAUAACAUCCGAAGGCCGAGUUUGCACAACACACUAGUCCCGGCAAAAACAGGUGUAGGUGGUGCGUGAUGGUUUGUAAUUCAGUAAGUUGUAGGAAUACCGUUACAUUAGGCCAUAAUAUGUUGAUUUGUUGGACUAUAAUAUUUUGUUAACCUGAGUUAAGGUUUGCUGCAUUGGGUCAACCAAGCCACAGCCUGUCCAUUGGCAGUAGAUUGCUGCAGUAAGAAAGGAGAUGAAUAUUCUGCUUGCAGAUUGAGUCUGUCAUUGAGUCAGGCCCCAUCUUCUGCCCACCAUUGCUGCUGUACAGUUUCUGUUUUGGGAGCAGCUACCUGAGUCGUCUAGGUCUUCUUUUCAAUAAAUGGAGAAAGACAGCUGUAGUCCUAGCUGCUUUUCAUGCCAGUAAUCAUAGAAUUGGAAGGAACUUUAGAAUGUAUUUUGCCCACCCCACCCCCAGCUCAGUGCAAACUCCGCUAGAGCAUCUCUAGAGGGAGACACUUCCUGUGAGACUCUGCUCGUUAAUGUGUUCCAAGACAGCAUUUGCCCCCCCCCUUUUUUUUUUUU